AUGGGUGUUAGAAAGUUUAGAACAACUGUGUCACAAAAGUUUGGUAUUCAUGUAAGUAUUGGUCAAUACCGGAGAGCUAAGAAAUAUGCUCUCCAACUAAUAGACGAUACCCUAGUUGAACAUUAUGCAAAGUUAUGGUUAUAUGCAGAAGAGAUUAGGAGAUCAAAUCCAGGUAGCAUUGUGAAGCUUGAUGUAAAUCAUAUGCCAGAUGGGAAGAACUACUUUAGUAAGUUCUAUGUUUGCAUUAAUGCAUUGAAGAAGGGGUGGAAGGAGGGAUGUAGGAAGAUAAUAGGUUUAGAUGGUUGUUUCCUUAAAGGGAUUUGCAGAAGGGUGUUAUUGUGUGUUGUUGGAAGGGAUGCAAACAAUGGGAUUUAUCCUAUUGCAUGGGCAGUAGGUUUGAUUAAGGCUGUAAAAGAACUCCUUCCAUAUAUAGAGCAUAAGCAGUGUGCUAAGCAUAUUAGCCAAAACCUUAGGAAAAGGUAUAGUGGUGCCCAAUAUGAAAACAUAUUCUGGAAGGCAUGUAAAGCAACAAUAAAGGUAGAUUUUAAGGUUGCCAUGAAAGAACUUGAAGUGCUAGACCCAAGUGCUCAUCAGUAUCUGAUAGACAAAGACCCCAAAACAUGGUCAAGGGCUUACUUUAAACCAGGAAGAUGUUGUGAUGAUGUGGAGAAUGGAAUGUCAGUAAGUUUUAAUGUUGUGAUUUUUGAUGCUAGGAAGAAUCCAAUUAUCACCAUGCUAGAGGAGUUGAGGAUGUAUAUGAUGGAUAGGGUGUUCAAGAAGAAAUACAAGGGUCAAGGAUGGGGCAACCAAAUUUUUCCAGCAAUUAGAGAAUUAGUGAAUGAGAUUAAGAAAUCUCAAAGACAUUACCAUGUCUUACCUAGUGGACUAAAUCAAUUUGAAGUAAGAGGAACUACAGAUGCUUAUGAGGUGGAUCAUGAAGAAAGCACUUGUUCGUGCAGACUUUGGCAGCUUAAUGGAAUGGGUUGUGUCCAUUGUAUUGCAACUAUUAGUUAUAUGAAUAGGGAUGUAGAGUCAUAUGUGGACAAAAUCUUUAGUAACAUCACUUACAUGAAGGCAUACAAGUUUAGGUUAACACCUACAAAUGAAAGUAACUUGUGGCCUGCAACUGAUUAUACCCCACCUUUACCUCCUAUUCGUAGAAUUAUGCCUGGGAGACCUGCAACUAAAAGGAAAAAGGAUGCAACAAAAAAUCAGUCAAGUACAAAAUCAAAGAAGAGUACCCAAACAAAAAACAAAGGUAAGCAGCAGGGUGGUGCUCAAGCAGUCAAUGAGGGUGAUGAAGUGAAUGAAGGUGAUCAAGUUAAUGCAGUGAAUGAAGGUGAUGAAGUGAAUGAGGGUGAUUAA